AUGGCACCCAAGCCUAACCCAGCAAGACCCGACACGGACCCUGUCCACGGUCAGACGGUCGAGAAGAAGCCUGCCAACCCCAAUCCCACGCCCUCUUCCUCGUCAGGCCCUUCAGCUCGUGAGCGUCUUGCGUCACUCGCUUCGCACCUCCUUCCUGGCGGCAACACCGAAUUCGACUAUGUCAUUGUCGGUGGUGGUACCGCUGGCGCUGUCCUUGCCAACCGCCUCACUGAGGACCACAACGUCUCAGUAGCUAUCAUCGAGGGCGGUCCUACCGAUGUCGGUAACGACAUGGUUCUCGACCUCAAGCGCUGGCUCGAGAUGCUUGGUUCCGACCUCGAUUAUGAUUACCCCACCGUGCCUCAGCCUCGAGGCAACUCGUUCAUCCGUCACUCGCGUGCGCGUGUCCUUGGCGGUUGCUCUUCGCACAACACACUCAUCUCUUUCCGACCUUUCAACGAGGACCUCGAUGACUGGGCCAACAACUAUGCUUGCCCUUCGUGGUCUGCCAGCACGGUGCAGCCUUACGGUGACCGUCUCAAGAUGAACAUUGUACCUGUCGCGCCGCAGCAGCGUAACCAGGUUGCUCGUGACUGGGUGCUCGCUUCGUCUCGCGCCACUGGCGCACCUGUGCUUGAGGACCUCAACGCUCACAUUGUCCACCGCGGAGGCUUCCAGAAGGCAGUCGGAUUCUUUGACAUUGCUUACGACCCAUACUCUGGUCAGCGAAGCAGUGCUUCCGUCGCUUAUCUCCACCCUAUCAUGCCACACGGUCCUUACAAGCGUCACAACUUGCACCUCUUCCUCGAGACGUGGGCAAACCAGCUCGAAUGCUCCCCUGAGGACUCAAGCAAGAUCACUGGUGUCAAAGUCACCACCAAGCAUGGUCUUAGCAAGACCCUCACUGCUCGUCGCGAAGUCAUCCUAUGCGCCGGUGCCAUUGACACUCCUCGCUUGCUUCUCCACUCUGGUAUCGGCUCCCGCAAAGACCUUGAGGCAUUGGGCCUGCCAUGCAAGCACGACAUUCCCGGAGUAGGCGAGAACCUCACCGACCACCCCGAAUCUAUCGUUAUGUGGGAAACCCGCGACACUCCCCCUGAGACCGUCAUGUCCUCUGACGCCGGUCUCUUCCUCCGAGUCCUUCCUAGCGAUGCUGAACCCAACCCACACCCCGGUCCCGAUCUCAUGUUCCACAUCUACCAAGUCCCUUUCGCCGAUAACACCGAACGUGUUGGCUAUGAGCGACCGAAACACGCCAUCUGUAUGACUCCCAACAUCUGCCGAUCUCAAGCGCGCGGCAAAGUCUCUCUCGCCUCUGCCAACCCCAAAGACAAGCCUCUGCUCGAUUUCAAAUACUUCAAAGACAAGGACCACUACGAUGAGCGUAUCCUCAUCGAAGGUGUGAAAUGGGCGAGGAAGAUUGCUGAACAGAGUCCUUUCAAGGAGCACCUCGUCAAGGAGGUUGCACCUGGACCAGCGAUUCAGUCGGACAAAGAUAUCGGAGAGUACGCAAGAAAAGUUGCUCACACUGUUUACCAUCCUGCAGGAACUUGCAGGAUGGGCACUCCUUCGCAGCAGCACGGUGGAAACGGCAAGGAUGCAAGUGUGGUGGUGGACGAGAAGGAUUUGAGGAUUGUCGGAUUGAAAGGUGUCAGGGUUUGCGAUGCAAGCGUGCUGCCAACACUGCCAACGAUCAACCCUAUGUUGACGAUUUUGAUGGUUGCUGAGAGAGCGGCUGAGUUGAUCAGGGACGAUGCCUGGGAGAACGGGCUUCGUAGGGCAAACUACCACUAG